AGUGGUAGAAAAAGACGUAGAAGAAGAAUAUCGUUUUCAUUAUACAUCCAUGCUCAACCACCCCCUCUCUGAAAAGCAAAGGCUCCAUUUUGUUUAGUUCCUGCGGUCACAGUCAACACACCCUGCAAGGAAAACAACGACAAAACCCCGUCUACAAUAAUUGUAACUACGACAUCGGAAAUGAGUGGAUGUCGUAUUUUCAUCGGCCGUCUGAGCCCAUCGGCCAGAGAGAAGGAUGUGGAGAGGUUCUUCAAGGGAUACGGCCGCAUCCGGGAUAUCGACCUCAAGAGGGGCUUUGGCUUUGUGGAGUUUGACGACCCCAGAGACGCUGAAGAUGCUGUUUAUGAGCUUGAUGGCAAGGAGUUGUGCAGUGAAAGGGUGACCAUUGAGCACGCUCGUGUGCGUCUGCGUGGCGGCCGCGGCGGCAGCAGAGGAGGCAGUGGCGGCAGCGCCGGAGGACGUUUCUCCUCUGAUCGCUAUGGCAGAGGCUCCCAGAACAGUCGGAGCCGAAACCCUCCUCCGAUGCGCACGGAGAAUCGCCUCAUCGUUGAGAACUUAUCUUCUCGUGUCAGCUGGCAGGACCUGAAAGAUUUCAUGAGACAAGCUGGAGAGGUGACAUUUGCAGACGCACAUCGCCCCAAGCUCAACGAAGGAGUCGUUGAGUUUGCCUCUUCCAGUGAUCUUAAAAACGCCAUGGACAAACUGUCUGGAAAGGAAAUCAAUGGCAGGAAAAUCAAGCUCAUUGAGGCAGCCAGAAAGAGGUCGAGGAGCCGCUCCCGCUCCGAGAGCUCUUCUCGCUCACGGUCCCGUUCCCGCGGUCGCUCUCCAUCUCGCUCCCCCCGACGCUCCCGCAGCCCCCCCCACAAGACCCACAACCGCUCACGCUCUCGUUCCCGCAGCGUCUCCCCCGCCGGCGGUGCCAACUCGCCGUCCCACAAAUCAAAAGACCCCCCGAAGCGCUCCAAGAUGAGCCGGUCCGCCACCCCCCCCUCCCCGAUGCCCGCUCAGAAAGCCUCUCGUUCCCGCUCUCGUUCCCGCUCUCGCUCCCGUUCCCGCUCUCGGUCCACCGACAGCCAGCGCUAAAAGCCACGUUUCAGUUCAAUGUAAAACAACUUAAUUCACCAGUAGACUCGGCUUAGAGGCACGCUGGAGCUCCCGUGUAUCAAACGGGAACAUUGAGUCAAAUAGUUUGUAGUCAUAAUCGAGAGCGUUUAAAUGAAAUCACCAUAACAGACGACACUCUUUUUACAGUGAUGCUGUUUGUCGGCCCCCCCUCCUUUCAUCAACCUCAUGUACGUUUACACCCCAACUCUUUUUUUUUCACAAGAUCACCAAAAUGCCCGAGUGAACCAGCAUCAUGUUUCACCGUGAUUGGGACUGUAAAGUUCAGAAUUACUUUGAAGAAGGAAUCUGUCAUUGUGACCACUUUCUUUCAGUGGCAAAUUUUAACCCAUUUCCACGUUUUAAGUCCUCAUCGUUCUUGUUUUUUCAAAGUCAGUUUGCCUCUUUUCUCUAUUUUCUGCCCUACUGUCACAGCUGUUGUCUAUCUAUACCUGAGGAUGCUUGCAUGUGCUUCCCCCCCCUUUUUUUAAAUAAAAUGUAGAAUCUUUGUUUUUUAAACAUCUUUUGUGCUUAAUAUAAAUCAUCAUUGGCUUUGCAGUAUCAAGAACACUGCUCAAUACCACAUUUUUCCAGCAGUUCACAGAACUCUAAAUGUCAUGGAGCUUAUUCUCACUUGCCGUUGACAGUUUAUUUUAUUGUGUUGGGAGAUGUAAUUCUCCUUUGAGGCAAAUGUCAACACUUUUUUCUAGACUUGUAAUUAAAGUUUUUAUUUUUUUCUUGGUUUAGGUUAUAUUGUUUUUGUGUACAGCAUUGCAGACUUUUGUUUUACAUAAGUGUAUAAUGUAAUUCCAAGAAUGCUGGUUGGUACUGUGACUGUUUCUGUGGUUUAAUGAACAUGUAGACAAGAGUUUGAAAAAAAAAUGCAACAUUUUUGUAUGUAAGGAUUUUAUUUUCAGUGAAAAAUAUGAUUGACGUUUGUAUGAUGUAGGAAGAUGGACGUUGGACUUAAACAAUAAAAAGAUUUUAACUAAAUCA